AUAGCAUGCUUUUCAAGAAACUCUCACUUAUGCUAAUAUUAUAGUGAAGAAAAUGUAGAAUGAUAUUGUCAGAAAGGAUAAAUGGUUCACAGAACCAUUCACAUAAAAUGAAUUAGUGCCAGGCGGAGACAUGGAUGGGUAAAGUUGAAGUUUAUUUACAUUGUGAAAAUACAAUUAUUACAACUUGAGUAGCUGUUACACCUACCUUUUAAUAAAGUCAGAGAUCACGCAGGAUCUAAAUGUGCAAAACUUAGACCUCGCAGGAUCCUUGCAAAAUAAUACAUAUGAAAACAAAGAAAUUAUAACUAGACAUAAAAUACAUAUGUACACAAGAAACUACAUUAAACCCAAAAAAGAAAAAAAAUACAAUGCACAUGUGAAGUCUAUACAUUUUUGCACUGCCUCUGAAAUUUUCAGCCGCAAAAAAUCUCCCAGGGAGUCCUCAAGCAUUGCACAUGUAGAAAGCCAUGCCAUCCCACCAAAGACAUCUUGAAACGUUAUUACUUUCAUGGAAAAGAAUGUUCUAUAUCAUAUUUACAGGACUUGGAAACCUAUGAUUUCGCAUAAAACUAAUACAUGACUCUGUUGGCUAUAUCACUUCAGCUGCAUAACAUUAAUAAAAACCUAGCUAGCAGCACCCAAAUUACUGGAGGGUAAGGAGUAUUCUAUAAAAGGGUUUUGACAAGGUUUCUACAGAGCUAAAGAAAGGUUAAUGGUAAUUACAACCCUUGACUACUUGACCACAAGGGAACAACCACAAGCUAAUUUUUUGUUGAUGUGAGAAAUAAAUUGGCGAAUUUUUAUAAUAACCACGUGCGCUAAUUUUUUAAAUUUUAUAACAUUGUUUUAUUUGUUUUAUGUAGAAUAUGGAACCUUCAAAAGCUAGAGAUGCUACACUAAGUUGCUUUGCUGCAUAUGUGGUGUGUAUAUUGUGUGCUUACUUUAUGUUGUUUGAGAAUAAAAGAGAAGUAACUCCUAGGGAACCAACCGAGUUGAGAGAUUCAUUGAGAAAUGCUUAUAUCUACCGGUUGUUCUAUGGCGGCAGAACAUUUACAUAUGACUACUUAAGAAUGGAUAGAGGUCCAUUUUUUAACCUUGUUCGCAUGUUACGAAAGUCUAGACUUCUUAAAGAUACCAUAUAUGUUUCCAUCGAGGAGCAAGUUGCUAUGUUUUUACACAUAGUAGGGCAUAAUGCAAAAAAUAGGGUUGUUGGUAUAAACUUCGUACGUUCAGGCGAAACUAUUAGUAGGUACUUCAAUGAAGUCCUCGUGGCAAUAUUAAAACUGAGACCAUUACUAAUGAAGCAAGCGAGUGGUGAGGUAUCCGAUGAGAUUCGUUGUAGAUCAACUUGGUACCCUUGGUUUGAGAACUGUAUUGGUAUGAUUGAUGGAACACACAUUGCUGCGUCUGUCCCUGAUAAUAUAGUUGCUCGAUUUCAUGGUCGUAAAGAUGGUCCCACACAAAAUGUGCUUGGAGUUGUUACACCUAAUAAGCUAUUUUGUUAUGUCAUGGCUGGAUGGGAAGGGUCCGCUAAUGACUUUACAGUUUUGAGGGAUGCAUUAUCUAUGCCUCCUCCAAAGGGAUUGCGUUUGAUAAAAGGUACUAAAAUGUACUUCGUCCUUUGAGAUACAACUUCAAUCAAGGAUUGGUGGUACUUGGUGAUCUCUUCUUGUUGGAGCACUUAGAGUACUCUGCUUAAGGACCUCGAGUUCUUGGAUGAUACUGUCACAUUGGUUACCAAAGCAUUCUCUUACCCCUUGAGUUUGGCAAUAUAUCAUAAGAAUACUCUCCCGGAAACUCAGCUGGUGCUGUAGAGUUUCGAUCCAUUGCACAAAAGCUUCUGUGUUCAUUCUACCUGCAAGAGAAAAGGAAAAUAUUUCUUUGAUAAUUCUCUGAAUAGAUAAACUAAAUAAACCCAUUAAAAAAAUAUCAGAAUGAAAUGCUUCUACUAUGGUAUAAGCGCGAUGAUACCGUUGCUCUAUUGGGAGAGCUUCUAGUAAGGAAAAAUAUUGAUGUAGUGUAAUAUACCACAUCAUUUAUACCACCUAGUUGCUGAAAUAGGAAUAAUGCUGCCCCCACGCUAACAACUGCAGUUUGGAAAAUUAGUCACAAAUAUUACCAUGCCUAUAUAAAUGACCUGAAAAACCAGAAAGAAUAUACGUUGUUUCCUUUUCCAUUUGUUUAGUUUGUGUAUGUGUCUGUGCUUUAUCCAUUCCUCCAUCGUUUUCUUUUUCUUCAACUCGUGAUGUGAGCGUUCUAACUUUUAAGCACAGCAAUGCUUGAGGCAUGUGGUGUGU